AUGUAUUCCAAGCAGGCCGACCCGGAGCCUCAAGAACAACCUCACGACCAACCCCCACCACCGUAUGAGGUAGUUCCGCAAGAUUUGAGUGAAGCCCAGGGCAUCUCUGUUAACGAUGACGGCCGUGUUGUUGUGGAUGCUAGUUCUCGGCUCUGCAGAUCUCUUUCUAAACUAUUGCCUCAUGUUAUUCGUCAGAGUGUCAUACCUCCACCAAGUUAUUCGGAAGCAGUGCCAACGUUCAAGUUUCCUCUGAAUAUUGUGAUUCAAAUCGUGGGCAGCAGAGGAGACGUCCAACCAUUUGUUGCACUUGGCACUGAGCUACAAAAGAUAGGUCAUCGCGUGCGUAUUGCAACACACAAUGUUUUCGAGCACUUCAUCCUCGAAGCCGGCUUGGAGUUUUACCCGAUCGGCGGUGAUCCGGCCGACCUGAUGUCAUAUAUGGUCAAGAAUCCCGGGUUGAUCCCCAGCCUAGACAGUCUACGUGAGGGAGAUAUUCGGAAAAAGCAACUAAUGAUGGCGGAAAUUCUUCAUGGUUGCUGGCAAUCAUGUCUGAUGCCCGACCCUAUCACAAAUGCCCCCUUUGUAGCCAAUGCCAUCAUUGCCAAUCCUCCGAGCUUCGCGCAUGUUCACUGCGCCCAGGCCCUAGGAAUCCCACUUCACUUGAUGUUUACAAUGCCGUGGAGUCCAACAAAGGCAUUCCCGCACCCGUUGGCCAAUUUGAAAAAUAUUCCGGCCGACCAAGAGUGGCUCAAUCGUGUCUCAUAUGGCGUCGUGGACUGGCUAUCAUGGCAAGGUCUAGGGGGAGUGAUCAACGAUUGGCGGAAACAUGAGCUAGAGCUCGAGCCAAUUUCUCUUUCGGAUGGCCCUUUCAUUUUAACCAAACUGAAUGUCCCCUAUACCUAUUGCUGGUCCCCUGGCCUAGUUCCUAAACCUGAUGACUGGCCUCAUAAUUUUGACGUCUGUGGGUUCUUCUUCCGCGACCCGCCCCAUUACGAGCCUCCUGUUGAGAUUGCGGAAUUCCUUAACGCCGGGCCCCCUCCGAUAUAUUUCGGAUUCGGAAGCAUUGUCCUCAAAGACCCAGAAGAGAUAACAAAAACGAUUCUACAGACGGUUCAGGAAACCGGGGUUCGGGCAAUCAUCUCACGCGGUUGGAGCAAACUAGGAGGGGUGGACUCGGGAAAACUAAACAGGAGUGAUGUUCUAUUUAUAGGCGACUGCCCACACGAAUGGUUAUUUGAACGGGUCAGUGCGGUUGUUCAUCAUGGAGGUGCCGGUACAACGGCGUGCGGACUACGCAAUGGCAAGCCUACAAUCAUCGUGCCAUUCUUUGGAGACCAACUAUUUUGGGGAGAAAUGGUUUCUGCAGCCGGUGCAGGACCAGAUCCUAUACCGUACCAAGAACUGAAGGUCACAGCAUUAGCCCAAGCAGUCCGGUUUUGCUUGAAACCAGAGGCAGUGCGCUCUGCACAGGGUAUUGCCGCCAAAAUGGAGCUGGAGGAAGGAGUGAAAACAGCUGUGGCAUCAUUCCAUCGGAAUUUACCGAAAGGUUUGGUAGAAUGUGAUCUACUACCGGAAUUCCCGGCCGUUUGGAGAUAUCGCCUUGGAAAGAAAAGAUUUCGCCUGUCAAAAGUUGCUGCGGAAAUCCUUGUUGAAAAGAAUCUGCUAGAUGUCAAAAGGUUGAAACCAUACCAACCAAACCCCAUUAUCAUCGAGAACACACGAUGGGACCCAGUGACUGGUGUCUCCUCUGCUGGAAUGGGAUUCACAUUUGAUAUGCUCAAAGCAGGAGGUGAUAUCUUUUAUAAACCAUACAAGGUAUACCAAGACGGUCGCAAUUUACCUGUUCCAUCACCAACCGUUUCAGAAAAUGGGCCUGCCCAACCGCUGUUACCAGGAGGCAGUGGAUCAUCAAUCCGCAAAGCCCAAUCGAUGAAUGAUUUGACAGCAUGCAGGGAUGUUGAGCCUAAGAAAAAGGGCAGAGGCGCCGCGAUGGCUUCAGCAUCAACUCACGCUUCCGGGAAGCUCCUAGGAAAGAUUGCUUCUGGGUUUAUGGUCGAUCUGCCUUUGGCCGCGGCUGAAGGCUUUCGUGUACUCCCUGGUCUAUACGGAGACAAAGUUCCCCAAUAUGGAAAAGUAAAAGAUUGGAAGUCUGGCGCAGUUGCAGGUGCUAAAAGCUUUGCUAUGGGCAUGGGAGGAGCUGUGACUGAUGUCAUAUAUCAGCCAUAUAAAGGUGCUAGAGACGGAGGCGCCGCAGGCUUUGCGGGUGGCUUGUUUAAAGGCACUUUCGGUGUGUUGGGCAAGAUGGCACAUGGCGGUAUUGGCCUUGUUGCCUAUCCCAGCCAGGGUAUCAAACAAUCCAUUUAUUCUGCAUUUCAUAAGAGCACACGGAACCUCAUUGUGGCGGCUCUUCACCUAGAGGGAGAAGAUAUGGUUCGCCAAGAGAGAGUGAGAGGAUUUGAAAAUCGGAAGGUCAUCGAAAGAUUCAUCGGCAUGACCAAAAGUGAGUUCGAUGAUGACAGUGAUUACAUAUAG